ACUGGACAGAGCGCAAGAAUGAACUAGGAGUGGUUUCAGUUUCCGACCGGAGGAAAACCCUUUCAGCAUAACGGUAUUAUCACUUACCCAUACGAACAAAACGGUUUCAGAUUUAAGUCAAGACACGCAAAACAAGGAAUGACAGAAAAUAAAGUGUCUUGCAGUUCUUCCUGGAUCUUCUGUUAGUGAUUCCACAGCUGCUGGAUGAGCGGUGCUUUGUCUUAGUCUAACUUGUCAUUGCUGGAAUGUGCCGUGAUUAAAGGAGCUGCCCCGCUGUUACACACACACUUUGUCGGAUCACACACACUCGUCUCGCCAUCACCAUGUUGGCCCUCCUGUUGUGUGCUCUGUUGGCUGUGAACUCUCUCGCUCUGGAUGUCCAUGUCCCAGAAUCCCCUGUGGUGGCACUGUUUGGAAUGGAUACAGUCAUCAACUGCUCAUUCUCAGGGGUCACAAAUUUUAACCUAUCUGACCUGAGUGUGUUCUGGCAGCUAUCAGACACAAAACGUACCGUACACAGUUAUUGGCAGAGCCAAGAUCAGCUGGCUGACCAAGAUGAGAGAUUCGCAAACCGCACCAGCCUGUAUCCAGAUCAGCUGAUGGCAGGUAACGCGUCGCUCUUGCUGAGGAAAGUCCGGGUAGUGGAUGAGGGCAGCUACUCCUGUUUCGUCAGGGUGCGGACACACAGCAGUGCCGCCUUGCUUAUGCAAGUAGCAGCUCCGUUCUCCAAGCCACUGGUCACCUGGGACACAGAGUCCAACCUCAGGCCUGGUGAAGUGGUGGCCCUCACCUGUGUGGCAUACGGGGGUUACCCUGAAGCAGAGGUGCUGUGGCAAAAUGGGGCAGGACGCAACCUUACAGACAAUAUCACUAUCUCGCAAGUAGCCAAUGAGGAGGGGCUCUUCAGUGUGAAAAGUGUUCUGACGGUGAUUCUGGAGCCCAAUAGUACUUACAAUUGCAGAUUGACCAAUCCACUGUUAGGGGAGGAAGGACAAGCAUCUGUUACAAUCACAACCCAGAAUCUGGUUUUCCCACCAGUGGCUUUGUGGGUGACCAUUGGUUUGGCUGUGUGUUUGCUGGGACUGCUUAUCGCGCUGGCUGCUGUCUGCCGCAGGAAAAUCAAAGAGAGCUUUGAGGAGAUGAGAGCUGAGGAAGAAGCUAAAGAACUUGAGGAAGCCAAAGAACUAAAAGAAACCAAUUCAGCUGCAACACCUCUAAAGAGCUAAAACUGGAUACCAAAGGGUUGAGGCCAGAAGUCGAUGAGUGCCAUGAGAAACCAUUCCGUCAAAUCCAGCCUUGUCUGAUCCAGAUAUAUUUCCUUAGCAUUUAUCAAAAGGGCCUAAUAUUGUACAUUUGUUUUUUACCCAAGGAUAGUUAUACAUAUGACAUUUCACUCAAUUUAUUUCCUGUGUGCACAAGGGAAGUCAUAUAACGGGUGAAAUAAAGCAAUAAUUUUUGCUUAGAUAGAACUCCUUGGUUGAUCCUGACAACCUGCCCAUCUUCUGAGAUGAAAUUAUUUUGUCGUUCUCAAAACUGGAAUAAAUUGUAAAUACACAAGUAUGAGAAACCAGACAUGAAGUGCAGCCAAGACAAUACUGAACCUCCCAUAACUUCUUCAUUUCCUGUUUUAUAUUCCAAACACUUCUCUGCAGCUUUUCUAAACACCAUCAGAGUGAUAAACUAAGACGUUUCUCCAGCCUGUCCUCAUUACCUGUCUCUCCCACCUUCUCUCAAAGCGGCAAUUGUCUGAAAUGUAUGGAAUGAGCCUGUAAUUGUAUGCAGAACGUGUUAAAGAGAAAAUCUGUUUGAAGACCAUAGGGUCUGACAAGCUCACAGCUCCACAACUGACACUAGCUACCUUCUACUCUGCAUUAGGGGAGAAGGCCUAUAUAACAUCUCUUCACCUAAUGGAAAGUGAGUAGUUUAAGAAAGCAGCCAGCAAACAUCCUACCGUCAGCAUCUCAGAUGAGGAAGGCACUCUUUUUCUCUCCUUCCCCCUCUCACUUUUUCUGACUAGCUCCUUACAAUCGCCCAAUCCCGGCCUAAUUAAUGCCUGCCCAUGAAAUAACUUGUAGCUGUCAGCGUCUGCCUGGCCUCGCAAAAAUCCAAUAACUUUGAGGAGCAAUUUAGAUGGAACACCAGCUAAGCUCCAGCAAACUACAAAUGGUGCAUGGGACACACCCUGCUUCUUGCCUGGCAGCACUGUGCUGAGAUUGGUAGUGUUAAUGCACGUCAACUCACAGACUGCGAGGUGGAAUUUAUUACGUACUGGGAUGAUGUAUCUUUAAACUCUUUGUUUUUUCAUAAUCUCAUCAGGUACCUGAAAUAUUGGAAGUUUUGGAAUUGGAUAUGUGCCAAGUCUUAUUGCAAAAAUGUUGUGCCUGUCAUUUAUUACGUAUGUAAAUUAAAAUCGUUCCUUCUAUCA